CGCCUCUUCAUCAACAGAGGAAGAGAAAACAUCCACAGGUCGUGGAGUCUAUCCCCUCGACCGCUACCAGUUCAAGAAGCAUCCCGACUUAGGCGUUUCUUCCCUCGGACAGGAUCCUCGCGUAAAAUCUGCUUUGAAAUUAGUAGUGACCAAGCUUCUGGAAGGACAGCGUCUCACUCAUGACAAGUGCAGUCGGACUUGCGUCAAGAACCUACAAAUGGAACCUCAUGUCCGCGUCAUACGGGCACCAGCUGUUCCUGGUGGUAAGCCUUUGUCAGAUGAGGACAAACGUGAUAAGUUCAAGGUGGCUGAUAAAGUCCAUGAGCCCGCCUACACCAGC